AACACAGUGAUACACUCUAGAGAAGGUUCCCUUCAAACGUUUAGUCAGCUAUUCAGUUCGCAAUGAGUAAGGGGCGAUACGUGCAAAGAAUCAACACCCAAACCCGUAAUUUAACGGUGGGGUAGACUUGUGGAAAAAUGUGGAUCCGCGUCCAAGAGAGUUUAUCAGUUCAGAAAGACAAGUUUUUCGAGGAAUGGAAUCUGGGUGUAAUUUUGUGAUCGAUGUGGAGCCAAAGUGGAAGCCGGUGUCCGGAGUUGGACUAUUUCCCAGGGCAUAGAUAGUGGCUCGCAGGGGAGGGACGGUGGUCAUGCCUCACUUACUUGGGUUCCUGUCUGGCCAGGAGCUGGGGCUGAAGCUUCUGGUCUUGAUUUCUCUCUGGCAUUUUCUGUGUUCAGAAGAACUGAAGGCAACAAGAUGGCCCCUCUACUCCCAGAAGCCUUUGAUCUUGGCCUGGAAUGCCCCCACCGAGGACUGCACCCCUCGACAUGGAGUCCGCUUCCAGCUGAACCAGUUUGACAUUGUAGCAUCGCCCAAUGAGGCCUUCGUCCGUCAGAACCUUACCAUCUUCUACAAAGACCGCCUGGGUAUGUAUCCAUACUAUGAGCGUGAUCGGGUGGCAAUAAAUGGUGGCAUCCCACAGAGUGCCAGUCUCACUCGCCACUUGGAGAAGAUGCCGGAUGAUGUAGGCUACUACAUACGUGACCGCACGGCAAAGGGCCUUGCUGUCAUUGACUGGGAGGAGUGGCGUCCUCUGUGGAUCCGUAACUGGGAUACCAAGGAUGUGUACCGGAACCACUCACGACGCCUGGUAGCCAGGAAGAACCCAACUUGGACACCGGACCGCGUGGCUAAAGUGGCACAGCAGGAAUUUGAGCUGUCAGCCCAAAAGUUCAUGCUGGAGACCUUGCGGACUGCCAAGAGCUUGCGGCCGGGGCAGCUGUGGGGCUUCUAUCUCUUUCCUGACUGCUACAACCAUGACUACCGCAGCGGACUGGAGAACUACAUGGGCCGCUGUCCAGAUGUGGAGAUGGCACGCAAUGAGCUGCUGCGCUGGCUGUGGACGGAGAGCACUGCACUCUUCCCCUCCAUCUACAUGGCUACAGCACUCAGCUCCACCCUUUCUGGACGACAGUUUGUCCGCAACCGAGUGAAGGAGGGCAUGCGGCUGGCAUCAACGGGUAACGGGACAGCGCGGCCUGUCUUUGUGUACACACGACCCACCUAUGCCAAUGAGCUGGUGCUGCUAACAGAGAAUGACCUGGUCUCCACUGUUGGGGAGAGUGUAUCUUUGGGGGCAGCAGGAGUCAUCCUCUGGGGUGAUGCUACCUACGCCAGCAGCAACGCCAGCUGUUCCAGGCUGAACGCAUACUUGCGCGGGCCACUGGGCCGCUACCUGCUGAACGUUUCCACGGCAGCGGAGCAGUGCAGCAGGGCGUUGUGUGGCUGGCGUGGCCGCUGCCUGCGCAGGAACGCAGAGACGGACACCUACCUGCAUCUCAGCCCACUGACCCACAGCAUCCAGGAGCAGGGCGGCCGGCUGCUCGUGCGGGGCCAGCUCGGAGCGCAGGACCUGCCGAGGCUGCGGGAGGAUUUCCAGUGCCAGUGCUACACUGGUCACCGAGGCGAGGACUGCUCUCUAAAGGAGCCCGGGCGCAACAGAGCCUCCUCGGUCUGGCGUGUCUGGCUUCCCAGUCUCAUACUCCCACUCUUACUGCUGGCACUGCUGCAUUAAGGCCUGGAGCUAAGUUUGGGUGGAAAUGUGGAGGAAGACAGUCCUCUUAACUCUCUGUGAUCGGGGGGAAGAUUUAAUAUCGCUCAGGCCAGGAGUAGUGGGUCCCUUUUAUGACGUCAGAGGGAGAAAGCCAUUGUGCGCCCAACCACACCUGUGACUGGCGAGUCAUUCAGAACCAAAGAAUGCCAGAUCCCCCAAAAGAUGGAAAUACCUUGUGAAAAUGAUCUGCUGUGUGUGUGUGUGUGUGUGUGUGUGUUAGAAAUGAUUAAGAGUACUUUAUAGUCACCUUAGUACCUUUUACACACUUUGGUGAGUUAAGUGUGUGUGGUUGUGUCUGUGUGUUUGUUUCAGGAUGUUUUUCUUAAGGCCAAAAGAUCCUCUUUGGGGGAUCUUCAUCUUUCCCCUCAUUUUCCUCUUUGGGGGAUCUUCCUUUUCCAUAAUUUCCCUGUUAAAGGGAUCUUCAUCUUUUACCUCAUUUGCCUCAUAUUCAGAUGAGCUACAAAGUGAGCCAAAUUCAGCCAUGCACCCAUGAAACCCCUGCACAGAGGCAGCCAAGUGCGCAGGAGCCAAAACCUCAACAUAUACCAAAGGAGCUACGCAAGAGAGCGGCUUCCAUCCAAAGGUGGCAGGGUUCAGUUCCCUACUUUUUGUUCUCUGAAUGAAAUGUUUGGCUAAUGGUUUAGACUGUGCAGAGCACAGUAGACUGUUGAAGGGACUAUGCUAUAUGUUUUUUUGUUAAUAAAUAAUAAUAUUUUAAACUCUGAAACUAUUUCUGAGCAGAGCAGACCUCUUCGUGCAACUUUCCAUGUUUAUCUCUCAGUGGAGAGAAUCUGCAGCAGGAAUACACUUUUAAUUCGUCCUCAGAUCACUUAUCUUUACAGCAUUGCAGUGUCUUUAUUAUGAAAGAUUUGGAUCAAGAGGUAAUACAUUUGGAAAACAAACACCGAUGUGGUCCAAUGCAGGAUAAAUCUGUGUAUGCUGAAUACUGUGUUUCAGUAUAGUAGUUAGUAUAAAAUUCACAUGUAGCUGAAUCUAAAAUUACAGAUAUCUAAUAUAUAUGUUCAGUGCUGUGUUAACUUGCCUUCAGGUUCAUCAUAAUUUAGUUUGGUGCCUUGAUAAUCCAAAUUGCAACACGUACCUUGAUUACACAGAGAUAACUCUAAUGAGUGCUUUUGAACUAAAAAAGGUUAUGCAGGUAUCCUGCAUUUAUAUUUUGCAGCUUUUAAAAUCACCUAAAAUAUUUGACAGAUUUGAGAUCAUUGACAUAGUGAUCAUUUGUGUAUGUCACACCAGUGUACUGCUUAGCUGUAGUAAACGGACUGAGGAAUAUCGCCCACACACAAAUAUGCAUACCCCUUGAAUUUAACAUUUUUACUUAACUUUCAGUUUAAACACGGUUAAGUCCAUGUGCAAUCCCAAUUUACUGUACAAGUUCAGCACAAGUCAUAACCUCUGUUUCAAUUGGUCAUGAACACAGAAUAUUCUUUUUGUGUUUUAUUUUUUAAUUUUUUAUUAAAAAAACUUGAAAUGUAAAGAGGUUCAGCACACUUUUAUUGUUUUUGUUAAUUUGCUAAUCAUGCUGUUUGGUUUUUAUUACCUUCCAAUGGAAGAUUUAUUUUUUUGUAGACUUUUUAGAUUUGGUCAGAUAUGAUUGUGUUGAUAUUUUACCACCAGCAUUGCUUAUGUGUCGUUGCCAAGCAGCAAAAUGUAUUCUGUUUUCACCUUGGAGCCUUCUCUGAUGUGUUGGAAUGGAACAAAAUAAAUGUUUAUCUUGAUGGUAUUUACA